AUGGCUGAAGUUACUCCUCUUAACAGCCUUUCCGAGUUCCAAACUCUCAUCAAUUCGGGCCAAGUGGUCAUAAUCGACUUUUGGGCUCCAUGGUGUGGUCCAUGCCGAAUGAUAAGCCCAGUCUUUGAAAGGCUGGCCUCCGAUCCACAGUACAGUUCGAUCAAGUUUGUCAAGGUGGAUGUUGAUGACCAGCCGGAAAUUUCUCAAGAAUGUGGAAUUAGAGCCAUGCCAACCUUCAUGGUUUUCAAAGAUGGCGCGAAGCUGGACGAGUUUAUGGGCGCUCAUCCCAAUGGCCUACAUGACCUUGUUCAGAAGUAUGUAUAA